AUAAAAAUCAUAAAAAUAAAAUAUUACAAUCGUGAUACGCGUCAGCGUUUCUUCUCAGUUUUCGUCUUCUGCGGAAACCCUAGAGCUAUGAGGAAUGAACUCUCCGGCUGAGCCUGAUAAUCGUACCAAGUAAGUUAUAGCUGCACAGAAUAUCCUUAUAGUUCUUUCAUUUCUAAAUUGUAUUCAGUGACUACUGUCUGCGCAUCACACUUUAGCACGGUGAGGAUCAAAUCGAUUUAAUCGGAAAUGUCAGCUUUGAUUUGUAAGAGAUGGGCAUCGAGGGUCAUGAUUUCGGUGAAUUCAAAUACCCAUUUGAGAUUUUUUCAGUUUUAUGCACUCAAAACUUCGUCAACAGCUAAAAAAGAUGAAUUGGCACACUCAUUUAGAGUGAAUUAUCUCGUUAAUUCGUGCUUCUUGUCCUUAGAAUCUGCUAAAUCUGUGGCCGAAAAGUUACGUUUUUUAACUCCUGAAAGGCCGGACGCGGUCUUAGAUCUUUUCAAAAGUCAUGGGUUUACAAAUGAACAAAUCUCCAGAGUUAUUAGGCUUCGCCCAAAAGUGCUGCAGUACGAUGCCAAGAAGACUCUUUCGCCAAAACUUGAGUUUUUCCGUUCAAAGCAGGUUUCAAGCUCCGAUGUUGCAAUGACUGUUGCUGGAGUGCCAACUUUCCUCUGUAGUAGCUUAGAGAAUUAUAUCGUUCCUUGUUAUGAUUUCCUCAAGAGUAUACUUGUGAAGGAUCAGAGGGUCUUCACUUUAUUGAAGCGCUCCCGUAGCCGAUUGUCUUUGUUCAAUUUGGAGAAGAUUUUGGGUCCAAAUGUGUCACUAAUGAGAAAAAUUGGGUUGCCAGAGUCCUCCAUCUCCCUACUGCUAUAUCGUAGCCCCAAUUUAUUGAGCCAAAAACCUGACAAGUUGGAUAAACUUAUUACAAAGGUUCUAAAUUUGGGGUUUAACCCUUCACAAGCACCAUUUGUCGAUGCCCUUGAAAUGAUUAAUCAACUGAAAGAAUCAACAUGGGAGCGAAAGAUGGAGGUAUAUAGGAGCUGGGGUUGGUCAGACGAUGAGAUUUGGGCUGCUUUUAGGAAGUCCCCAAGGUUGAUGUCUUACUCUGAUAAUAAAAUAUCUAAUGCGAUGGAUUUCUUUUUGAAAAAGAUGGGUUGGAAGACUUCUGCUAUUGCCAAGUCUCCAAGUGUUUUUCAUUACAGUUUGGAGAAGAGGAUCAUUCCUAGGUGCUUGUUGGUUAAAAUUCUGCUACAAAAAGGCUUGGUAGGAGAAGCCGACUUUUAUAUCCCUACCAUUUUAGCACUAGGUCGAAAACAGUUCCUGGACAAAUUUGUGAUUAAACAUCAAGAACAGAUUCCUCUACUCAUGACCAUCUUUCUAGGAGAAGUUGAUCUUCAAGAAUUAUGUUCUAAACAUGAGGAAAUGUUUCAAAUAUCAGGAGCAGGUUCCCCACUCACCGACUAAUUAGCAUCUUUGAGUGGACAGGGCUCUUCACAAACUCAGUUUUGUUGUAGGAUGUAUCUGUGCAGGGUGCUAGCUGACAUUGAGCAUUCCUUUUUUCUUUGGUGCAUCAAUUGGUGGCCGUUAAAUUGAUCCCUGACACUUUAUUGAACUUUUGAAGGAUGCUGAUGGCACUAAACAAGGAGCGAGGACUCUGUUUCAUAGGUCAUGUAGAUCAAGAUAUUGAUGGCUUAAUGAUUUUUCAUUGUAAACAGCGUUUUGUUACCAACCCUCUUUUACUGUCACGGGAUUUCUUACAAGUUCCAAAUUAUGGAGGUGUUGUGAUGUUUCUUUGGGUGGUAUCAGGGGUUGCACUAUCUUUAGACUAAACAAACCUUGAACCUGACAUCAAGGCUAAGUUGAGUCUGCUUUUCGGGUAAAUACUUUGUGAUGAUUUGGUUUGAUUGCUCCGCACAAGCGAAGACUUGGAGAAAUUUUUGAACGGUUUUUAUAAAUUUUCUGCCAUUUUGAGGAGUAACCGAAUUUUCUUUCUAGAGAAGUGAGGAUCUUUGUAGUUUGUAUAUAUGACUUGGGUCAGUUCCUGAUAGAUAGAUUAGAUGGAACUGUUUUGACUUGCAGGUGUAAUCGUAUGAGAUGUAAAGAUGCUUGACAAAAGAGUUGAAUGAAAGUAUGGUUCUUUCUAUUUCAACUUGGAAGCCAAUGCUCAUAAUUGAAAUUC